AAUGCCUAUUAUAAACCUCAUAUAUCUCCACAUGGGCACUGUGGAAUUGGUUUUUACAUAUUUAAUAACAUAAAGAUCACAGAGAGACAAAACCAAACAUUUGGCCACGUUGAGAUUGCUAAGUACUAGUUCCGUAAUAUCUGUUUGUCUUAAGUGUAUAAAAUCUUUUGAUCUAAAAAACUUUUUGCAUCUUCCUCUGCUUUCUCCUUGCAACCCUUUUACAUCUUCUUCUACUUCUUGUCAGCUUUGCAUAGGGUCCAUCGACUUUGCAACCAUGGAUUAUGAUCUGGUUCGUUCCAAGAAGAGUAUCAAGCGAGCAGAGUCCACAAAAUCACAUCUCUGGUGGUGGGAUAGUCAUGUAGGCCUCAAAAACUCCAAAUGGCUCGAGAAUAAUCUCGAUGAGAUGGACAUGAGCGUGAAACGGAUGGUGAAGUUGAUAGAAGAAGAUGCAGAUUCAUUUGCCAAGAAGGCAGAGAUGUAUUACCAAAAGAGACCUGAGCUUAUUAGCCUUGUCGAUGAGUUUCACCGUAUGUACCGUUCUCUAGCCGAGCGUUACGAGAACAUCACCGGAGAGUUGAGAAAAAGCUCCCCAUCAGAGCUUCUUCAGUCACAAGGCUCAGGCUUCUCUGACGUCUCCUCCUCUGACCUCACCACUGAGGUUAAUAGGUUAGGACGUCCUCCUUCCCGUCGUGCUCCUGGUUUUGAAUACUUCCUUGGCUCUGGUGGACUUCCCUCUGAUGAUUCUGCUUCUGUUACAGACUCUGAACUCGAAUCAGAUGAUUCUUCUGUGAUUAAUUGCUCUGGUUAUGUGAGAGUUGCCUCUGACUUUCAGUCUUUGAGCAAAAAGGUCGCUGAUCUUGAUCUUCCCGCUAAACUUGCUGCUUGUGAGCAAGAACUGAGAGAUGCAAACGACAAGAUACAGAGCUCAGAGGACCAAAUCUUUAUGUUAAAGAGUCAGCUCGCUAGAUACUUGCCAUCAGAGUUGGAUGAUGAAGAGCCAGCAGCAGCAGCUUCUACACAAGACAUGGACGUUGAGACUUUGUCUGAAGAGCUGAGAGUUACAAGCCUGAGGCUUAGGGAGGCAGAAAAAGAAAACAGCAACAUGAGAAAAGAAGUUGAGAAGCUCAAGAGCCUGCAAAGCCUGCUUGACUCGGCGCAGAAAGAAACUGCUGCGUGGAAAAGCAAGUCUAGUGCAGAUAGAAGAGAGGUGGUGAAGGUGCUUGAUAGAGUCUCCAUGUUGAAGUCUAGCUUAGCAGGUAGAGAUCAUGAGAUCAGGGAUCUAAAGACAGCUUUGUCUGACGCAGAAGAGAAGAUAUUCCCAGAGAAGGCGCAGGUCAAAGCCGAGAUAUCAAAGCUCUUGGAGGAAAAAACACACCGCGAUGAGCAGUUCAAGGAGCUGGAAGCCCAUGUGAGUUAUCUCGAAGAAGAGAUAAGAAGAGUGGCCAGUGAGAAAAUGGAAGAGGAGGAAAGAAUGAAGGGAGAAAUCGAGGUGCUGGCAAUGGAGAAGGCAGAGAAAGAGAGAUGCAUAGAGACAUUAACCAAAAGAGUGAGUGAGAUAGAGUCAGAGAUGAGUCGGCUUGGAGAUGAAAUGAAACAAAAAGACAGUAGGAGAAUAGAGAUGGAGAAGGAGCUAGAGGAAGUAGCAGAAGAGAAGAGGGAAGUGAUAAGACAACUCUGUUUCUCACUGGACUACUGCAAAGACGAGUGCAAGAGACUACGUGAUGCCUUUUCAGGGGAUCAACCAAUAAGACCAUCCUCCAUUCUUGCUUCUUGAUUCUGAUGUAUAGCAAAUAUAUAUAUACUCUUUGUAACUUUGUUUUUGUAUUAUCUUAGCUGUUUUGGUUUUGUUUUGGCACAAAAAGGAUUUUGUUUUUGACAUCAAAUAUGCAUUCUCUAGUCUGUGUUCUGAAACUCAAAUAAGCAGUGGACAUCCAAGUGUUUACACUUUACAGACACUAUUGUAUAACAUGAGUUGGGUCCAUUGCUCAAGUAAACUCACAUACAUGUAUAAAUAAAAGUGUGAAGAGUUUCAUCCACUUAUUCCGACCAAUCAACAUGUAUAGCUAACAACCCAGAAGAGAGCGCUUACUUGAGAUGCUCAACGCCUUCACCAAAA